GGGCGGGGCCAGCCGAGUCCUGUGCCGCCGCGGCGGGGCUUGCAGGUGGGGGAUCUUGCCGGCCCCGUGAAGGCCCGAGAAGCAUGAAGCUCCUGUGUGUGCUGGCCGUGGUCGGAAGUCUGCUGGUGCCCCCAGCCCAAGCCAACAAGAGUUCUGAAGAUAUUCGUUGUAAAUGCAUCUGUCCACCGUAUAGGAACAUCAGCGGGCACAUUUACAACCAGAAUGUGUCACAGAAGGACUGCAACUGCCUGCACGUGGUGGAGCCCAUGCCAGUGCCCGGCCACGACGUGGAGGCCUACUGCCUGCUGUGCGAGUGCAAGUACGAGGAGCGGAGCACCACCACCAUCAAGGUCAUCAUCGUCAUCUACCUGUCGGUGGUGGGCGCCCUCCUGCUCUACAUGGGCUUCCUGAUGCUGGUGGACCCUCUGAUCCGGAAGCCAGACGCCUACACCGAGCGGCUGCACAACGAGGAGAGUGAGGACGCCCGCUCUGCUGCCGCCACCUUGGGGCCCCGGGCAAACACGGUCCUGGAGCGCGUGGAGGGCGCACAGCAGCGGUGGAAGCUGCAGGUGCAGGAGCAGCGGAAGACCGUCUUCGACCGGCACAAGAUGCUCAGCUAGGCGUGGCCCCAGCCUCCGGGGCUGGACGGAGCCCGGCGCUCUCCCAGCUCUGUGCCACCCUCCGGGCCUCCCCCUUUAAAGCCCCGGGCAGCUUCAUUCUCUCCAUCUUACGAAGUGUCAUGCUCAGCUGGGUGAUCCUGAAGUGUGCUGGUUCCCCACUCAGGCAGCCUCGGGGUGGAGGGGAGGGGACCACAGCCAGCCAGGGCCCUUGGGGCUGGAGCAGGCCUGUCUCCUGGCUGGGCCCUCCCCACCCCAGCCCACGCAUCACCCUCCCGGCUCCAGACCCUGGGGGCUGGGUCAUCGGGAGCUGCCUCCCGACCAGACCCCCCAGCCCUCAGGACGGCCCUGCCGGGAGGGCUGGGUGCUCAACCCACUGGUCCUCAGGGCCCCUGGUUGUGUUCCGGCUUCUCCCCUCAUCCUCUUCUCGCAUUGACGAGGGUGGGCAGAGUGCAGGCCCCUGCUCACUCUGCCUGGGCCCCUGCUCACACCUCAGGAAGCCAGGCUGUCCCCCCCCAACCCCGUCCCUGCCCCACAGGCUGCAGUUGCUGAGCCAUUGGUGGGACCACAGGACCCCGAGGCCACGUGGUGGCCCCCGGCCCCUGGGCCCUGGUCCUUAGAUCACCACUUGUCCCUGAGUUCCAGCGUCCCCGUGCAUGGAGACCGCUGUCCUGUUACUCACCAUCAUUAAAUUGUCUUUUUUUUCUCACUUUGUG